AUGAAGUAUUGUCGGGUGAGGCCAGCAGAUGCAUCUCAAGUUAGGCAGAAUGCAGCACCAGCAGCUGCAGUAGUCGCACCAGGAGCUUGCUUCAAUUGUGGCAAGCAAGGCCAUUUCGCCAGAGAUUGCACGACGGAGCCUGCCAUAAAGCGUCAAGCCAUCGCUCCACGAGUGUACGCUUUAGGAGAAACUGAAGGAGUUGAGCCGACAGCUGGAUCGGUUUCUGUUGGAGGUGAGAUAGCUCACACUCUUUUCGACACGGGAGCUUCCCACAGCUUCAAGAAGCAGAUCAUAACAGCUGGCACAGAGAGUUUAGGGACCUUUGGUAUCCAUCGAGAGGUACCAGUUAUACUAGGAGGAAUGGACUUCAUCGGAGACUUAUCAGAGAUGGAGCUGGAUUACUACGAUGUUAUACUUGGGAUGGAUUGGCUGUCGCGGCAUCAAGUGGUGGUAGAUUGUCCAAGGGCAAGAGUUCUUAUCCCUAGAGAGGAAGGGAAUAUCACAUUCCAGUGCAUCCAAGUUCAGCGGGGAGUUUCUAUUGUCUCCAUGAUGCGUGCUGAGGACUUUUUGGAGAGAGGAGCAGAGGGACUUCUAGCAACUAUCUCGGUGGUUAAAGAUGAUGCACAUUUUGAAUUGCAAGACAUACCUGUGGUUGAAGGGUUUGAAGAUGUGUUUGAGGCUUUAGAAGGGCCACCACCAGCCAGAGAUGAUGUCCUCACCAUUGAGUUGGAACCAGGGACAACACCAGUUUCACGGGCUCCGUACCGAUUAGCACCAGCAGAGAUGGCUGAAUUGAAAUAG